AUGUCCGAGGUCCAGUACAAAGAUUAUCUUGCAGCGAGGAUACUUGUCGAGCAGAAACCCGUGACCUACCGGCUGCUGAGUCGGGCUGUCAAGACGAAUGUGAACACAGCCAAAUGGAUGCUUUUCGACUUUCACCAGAAGCAAAAUGCGAAGAAGCCCAAUUCUGUACACGCAACCUACCUUGUCAGCGGCACGAAGCGAAGGACCGAACAACUCAAUGGUUGUAAUGGGCACACUGGGGACGAUGUUGACAUGCGCAGCUCACCCUUCAUGAGUUCCAUGCCUGAGGCCGCAGAGCCAGCUGUCGAGUCUACAAAGAAGCUCAGCAUCGUGCUGGUGCGUGAAGAAGAAUUGGAGAAAACUCGCGCUGAGUUCGACAACGAGACGUCUAUACAUAUUUAUAGCUUACAGUCCGGUCCAAUAGAGAAUUUAGGUAUUCUUUCGACUUGCAACCACGAAAUUACCACGGAGCAUCCAGACGAAGACCCUAUGCAGCGGUGGAGGUUAUAUGGGUCUAUCCACAACCCCUAUAUACAGCGAAGAACUGCCAAAUACGCACCCCCAGCCCCAACCGCAACUGCAAAGUCGACCGUUAAACCUGCCGCAAAGACUACACCAAUGACAAGUGCAAAAUCGAAAGAGACGGUUGUCCCAGUUCGUCGAGGUAGUGCUUCGGAAGACAACAACUCUGGUCAGUCAACAUCUCAUCCCUCUACGGAUUCGAAUACAGUCAAGAGGUCGGAUUCCAAGCCGGGCAUGAUGAAGGACAAGUCGGCAGGUGAUAUAUUCAAGUCUUUCGCAAAGGCAAAGGGGAAGCCCAAGGAGACAGCGAAAUCCAGAGAGUCUACGCCAGCUCCGAUUGAAGAUGAUGCUAUGCAAGGCAUGUCGGAAGACGAAGGAGACCCUGAUGAUGAGCCAGAAGUUAAAGUUGAUGAAGAGAAGAAUGAAGCUGCCCGCAAAGCUCGCGAAGAAAGAGCCGAACGUUUGCGAAAGAUGAUGGAGGACGAUGACGAAGAUAUGCCAGAUGCGCCAGCUGCGCCAGCUACGGUCGAGCCCCAGGCUGAAGCCACACCGACUGACACUGCCGACACGCCGGACGCCUCACAGUCAGCUACCGCGGCGCCACCUGCGAGUACGACUCAGAAUGGUCGAAGACGUGGCCGCAGACGCGUCAUGAAACAGAAAAAGGUCAAAGAUGAAGAUGGCUACCUGGUGACCAUAGAGGAGACUGUCUGGGAAUCCUUCUCGGAAGACGAGCCGGAGCCCAAGAAACAGAAGCCCGCACCAGCUAAGCCUUCCAGUUCGGCAAAGGGGAAACCAGCUGGCAAGAAGGGCCAGGGGAGCAUCGCGAGUUUCUUCAAGAAGGCUUGA